AUGGCUCCCUCACCCCCCACCGAAACCUACUCGCGCGACGAUGUGGCCAAGAACAACCACAGCGACGCCCUGUGGACCAUCAUCGAUUCCAAGGUCUACGACCUGACCGACUUCCUUGAUGCCCACCCCGGUGGCGCCGCCGUCCUCCUCCAGGUCGCCGGCAAGGACGCCACGGCCGACUUUUACAACCUGCACCGCCACGAAGUCCUCACAAAGUACGACAAGACCCUGCUCAUCGGCACCGUCGCCGGCGAGACCCCGCAGGUCGUCCAGCCCGGCCCCGGAGAGCUCUCCCAGGUCCCCUACGCCGAGCCCCUCUGGCUGACCCCGGCCUUCCGCUCGCCCUACUUCAACGACAGCCACCGCCGCCUGCAGCGCGCCAUGCGUGAGUUCACAGACCGCUACGUCACCCCCGAGGCCCGCGAGUGCGAGGACUCUGGCGAGUACAUCUCCCAGGCCCUCAUCGACCGCAUGUCCGCCGCCGGCGUCCUGCACAUGCGUCUCGGUCCCGGCCCCCACCUUCACGGCGUCGAGCUGCUCGGGGGCGUCGUCGACGGCAAGGAGUUUGACUACUUUCACGACAUGAUCGUCAGCCAGGAGCUGUCCCGCACGGGCGCCCGUGGCUUCCAGGACGGCAACAUGGCCGGCAUGACCAUUGGUCUCACUGUUGUGCUCAACUUUGCCGAGCCCGAGCUCCGCGACAGGAUUUCCAAGGAGGUCUUCAGCGGCAAGAAGAAGAUUUGCCUGGCCAUCACAGAGGCCUUUGCUGGCAGUGACGUUGCUGGUAUCCGUACGACAGCAAAGAAGACGGCAGACGGCAAGCACUACAUAGUGAACGGCACGAAGAAGUGGAUUACAAAUGGUGUCUUUUCUGAUUAUUCUGUGGUCGCGGUACGUACCGACAAGGGCCUGAGCGUCUUGUUGGUCGAGCACGGAGAGGGCGUCGAGGCCAAGCAGAUCAAGACGAGCUACUCCACAACAGCAGGCACGGCAUACAUCACAUACGAUGACGUGAAGGUGCCUGUUGAGAACCUGUUGGGCGCGGAGAACAAUGGCAUCCACGUUGUGCUGAGCAACUUUAACCACGAGAGGUGGAACAUGGCCAGCGCCACGGUCCGCAACUGCAGGCUCGUCGUCGAGGAGUCCCUCAAGUGGGCUAACCAGCGACUCGUUUUUGGCAAACGUCUCAUCGAGCAGCCCGUUAUCAGGCAGAAGCUUGCUAAGAUGAUCGCCCUCACCGAGGCCAACCAGUCCUGGCUCGAGACCAUCACCUACCAAAUGUGCAACAUGCCCUACAAGGAGCAAUCCAAGCAUCUUGGCGGUCCCAUUGGUCUCCUAAAAAUGUCCACAACACGCGCCGCCCACGAGAUUGCCGACGAGGCCGUCCAGAUCUGGGGUGGUCGUGGCCUGACGAGGACCGGUAUGGGCCGCAUCAUUGAGGGCUUCAACAGGGGCGUCAAGUUCGACGCCAUCUUGGGAGGCGCUGAGGAGGUGCUCGGCGACUUGGGUGUGAGGCAGGCUUUGCGGCACAUGCCCAAGGAGAGGCUCCAGGGUGGUAUCGACGGCAGCAGUGCUUCCCACACCCCCGCUGUGAGGAUGAUCAGUGCCGUCACAUUAUACAAAUCCACCCAGACGAGGGAGAAGGGGGUUUUGCUUACCGAGGCGAACCUCGCCUGCAACACUUCGCAUUCCCUGUCUUGAUCCUGACGGGAACCACCGUCUGGGAUCAUCCACCGCCGAGAAAGCAGCAGCGGGCUCUGCCACUCCCCCAACCGCCAUGUCCGCCCAGGUCCGAAUCCACCAGAAUCGAAAGCGAGUUUCGAAAACGAUCCACCCGCAAGCGUCCCCGUUUCGUUCGUGCCAUCAUCAUCCAACGAUUCGGUCAUCUUGGGCCGAUAGCCAAGAUGUAUCGUAAUCGAGCGCGAGAGGUAUCAUGUUGUGCGUGAGAAAGAAGUCCGUGAUUCAUGCUUUUCUGAGACAAGAAAAACUUUUCCGUUUGUGCCGAUGUCGUUUACCUGUGUGCCGUGUGGUCGUCGAAAGAGGAGGAGACCAGUAUACAUAGCUGUCAUAAUAAACAGCGCUCGUCGGAGAACUAGAGUCCGUGUCGCGGCGAAGCCAAAGCAAUGGCUUUCACAACGAGCAUUCAUUCUUGCUGUCCAUUCCGGACAG